ACGCGUUUAACAGGUGUUGUACUGUUUCUUCUGACAUGAGUCAUCAACCUGUGCUCUUGUUGAGAGUGCGUUUGGGAAGCUGAUGAACGGCAUCCAAGAAUCCUGCAUGAAUAUUUAAUUGGAAAGUGGAUGCGGCUUUAAUUGUGUUUGUGGGUGACGGGCCGCAUGACAAUCCAAAUACAGUCAUCAGAGCAGAACCACAGCAGGAGCCUUGACUGACUCACUGCUCCUCAUUCAUUCACUCACUCGCACAUGCUCGGCGUAGACUACUAUAAAAUGCCUUCGAGGAGGGGAACAGUUGGACUGACACUUUUAGGUUCUUGGAAGGCUGGAGACCAGUCCUCAUUAGCUGAUUAAACAAUAAAGAGAAAAUCAACUAUUUUUCAAGUAUUUCUAAGUCAUCAAGAUGCCUCCUGCGAACCCACAUCUCAAUCGCACAGGGGGCUGUGCAAAGACAGAGGAGGAGGAAGCAGCGAGCUCCGAGGAAGACUCGAUCUCGUUCCGUGGAAGUGGGGUUUGCAAAUGGUUUAAUGUGCGGAUGGGCUUCGGCUUCCUGUCCAUGACCCAUCGGGAGGGUAUCUGUUUGGACCCACCCGUGGAUGUGUUCGUCCAUCAGAGCAAGCUUCAUAUGGAGGGCUUCCGCAGUCUGAAAGAAGGGGAAGCAGUGGAGUUCACCUUCAAAAGAUCCUCUAAGGGUCUGGAGUCCUUACGGGUGACGGGGCCAGGCGGGGUGCCAUGCGUAGGCAGCGAGAAGAAACCCAAGGGUGCCCAAAAACGUCGCUCAAAAGGAGAUCGAUGCUUCAACUGUGGAGGGCCGAAUCAUCAUGCCAAAGAAUGCCAGCUGCCACCUCAGCCAAAAAAGUGCCAUUUUUGCCAAAGCAUCACCCACAUGGUGGCCAACUGUCCAAUCAAAGCACAGCAGUUGUCACCGGGAUCUCAGGGAAAAUCAACGACUUCGACGACAGGAGAAGAGGAGGACAUGAGCCACACCCCCUUCCCUCCGGACAGCUCUGAUUAGUCGGGGAAGGUCGUCAGGGAAACACAAGCACCAAUCAAAAAGUUUCAAUGGAAAGCUGCUUUUGGAACUAACUCAGGUUUUUCUUUUUCAAACAGCAGAAAUGAAUGUCGCCGCUCACUUUUGUACUUUAGUCAGGAAAUUAAAACCAGAUUAAAUUAAUAUUGAAUGUUAUACUUAGGAAAAUAUGAUCACUAUCACCAUCCACACUGUAAAAAAAAAAAAAAAAAAGUUACCCCCCUGACUCAAUUUUUAGUCAACUAAAAUAUUCCAUUUGUCACCUAAAUUAACAUUAAGUAACUUAAUUUUUAAGUUGACUAAACUAAACAUUUUAUGUCAGCGGGGUAACAAAUUUUAUUACGUUGAAACAACAAUUUUUUUUGACAGCCAUCUGGGUAAAAUUUCUGUACCUCAUCUUUGCCAUUUGCGUAUUCACUCCAAUGGUGGGAUGAACCAGAUAUGAAUGGUGGAUGAUCAUGAAAUGGAGGGCAAAUCUCAUAAAAAACAUGUCCAAGUCACAAUUUCAGAAAUGAUAUGCUUAAAGCCUAUUUUAGGGUUUUUAUUAAUUGAAAAUGAUGCAUG